AUGGACGUCAUUGAUAUCGAUGGUCUGAGAAAAAGAGCUCAAAGAACAAAAACCAAGAUACAAAGCGAGAUUCUGUUCGGUAAAGUUCGACAUAGCGAAGUGAACCAUUUGACAGUGACCAGAAUUGUGGGUAGCCAUGUCGAAUGUCAGAAACGUGUGCAGACGUACCGCGCAGAUCUGACAUUAACUCUAAAUAAUAUCAAACGACAACAAUGUCAGCUGCGACGUACCAUGGUACACUACUCUAGGAAAUUACGUCAUAACAGAAAAGAGCGCGAAGAACGAGAACGGAAGGCAAAAUUGGAAGCAGAAAUGAAAAGUUUGAAAUUACCCCCAAUUGUUGAAGAAGUAGAACAGAACGCAGACGAUCGACAGUCUGAUAGUGGAUCUGAAUUUGAUACAAAUUUCCAAGAAAAUGAGGAAAAUGUUGACAAGGGUGACGUUGCAGACAAACACGAUGUUGAGCAAACGUCAGAAACCGUUAUUCCGACUAUAGCAGUCGAGGUCGAAGGUGAAUCGAACGAGGAAAUCAACAAAGAUGGAAAGGACACGGAGCCGACUGUCGAACUACAAGAAACAAAUCCCAUGGACAUCCUGACUAAAAACCUUCAGGAAAGCUGCAAUGAUCCACCAAAGGUACCGGAAGUGUCGACCGAUCCAAAUGAUUUCAAUAUUGAAAUGUACUCAAAGAAAAAACGGAAGCGACAAAAGCAGACCGUGAAUUAUUCAGAUUUGAUAAAGCUUCGACAUUCGACGAGCAAAAAGAAAUUAUUUUCCCUAGUGGACAAACUUUCUAAAGUACAUGGACACCAGAAAGUUGAAAGAGCUUCGCAGAAUCAACUGCAACCUGGGAGCAAAGAACACGAACCAGAGCGUAAGACGUCGAUCUUUUAUCCGAUAAAUUACGGAUAUGACGUCCCAGAUGAACCGGAACCCGAGGUCGAGCCACCUAAAAUACCACUCUAUGAAGAUACAUGUACCUCCUUAGAAAAGGUGCCAGAUUUACCAUACAACAACCUCUUUUCAGCAGCAGACAACAAAUUUUGGCGUGAAUUACACCAGACAAGAAGAGCCAAUGAACGUUCGACUCCAACUAACGGGAAUGAGAUCGAGUCAAAACAGGAAACUAAAACUGAACGACGCAGACGUAGAGCGUCUGAUUUACCUCUUCUGGUUGCAGAUUACUCCGACAUGAAAAAUAGGGCACUGAAAACCGAUUCUGAACAUCAUUGCAAAUCUAGGGAGAGGGUGUAUCAUUCCGCCAAGUCUAGAUAUCGUCAACCACGACUGCUGCCACCUAUAUCAAGCCCAAUGAAAUUUUGA